GAAAACGAAAAGUACGACGCAGGCACGAUGAACGAGGAAGAUGACUCGAAGCAGGGCAUCAGCCGGGAGGGACCGUUGCGGAGCAUUGCCAGUCCUCCUUUCGCAGGGCCUGUUGCGCAUGUCAACUCUGGGCCACUAGCGCACAACCAUGCCGACAACAGCGCCGCUCUGUCCUCGCAUCCUGGAGCCCCACCGCCCGCCGCCACAGCAGCAUCGGCAGCAUCGCACCCCCUGGACUACGACUCGCAAGUGCACCUGCCGCAGCAACAACAGCAGCGGUUGCCACUGCAAUCGCCACCGCGCGGCCCGUUGUCUGGCGGAAUUCCCCUGCCCGUCGCGCCGACUGCGGCACCGAUUUCUUCGAGCAGUACAAGCAGCAAUAACCCCCUGUCUCACUUGCUCCUUCGUCCAAACGGCAUGAGGAUGGAGAGGGACGCGCCCCCCGCCUCCUCCGUCCUUCCUCCUCCUCCUCCUGCUACAGAACCCGCGACAGCAAAGUUCGAUUUCAGCGGGAACCCGCCGCCGGCUGGCGCUCAGACGAUGCCACCGCCUGCAACCGCCGGGCCGGAGGUGUCGGAUUCUCCGAAAGCUCCGCCGAUGCCAGCACUGCCACCGCCUCCGCCAACGACCCAAGACGGUCCGAAGUACUACCAACCGCCGCCACCACCUCCCGAGCAGCAGCGAUCUCAACCGGCUCCAUCGCCAGCGACGUUGAGCGGUGUGGCUCUCCCGUGCAUUCCGCCCCCACAGCUGCCGCAGCAACACCAUCACCACAAGCAGCAGCAGCAGGAGCAGCAGCAGCGGGCAGCGUCGCCCAUACCAGUGGCGGCGGCGUACCCGCCCCGACAACCCCCUCAGGAGAAGACCCUCGACGCCCUCGUCUUGGAGUUCCUGUCGACGGAGGCGCCGCCCCCCCCGGAACCCGUCAACGAGACCUUGGCCCUCGGCGACCCUGACGGGUGGGUGGCGGCACUUGGGCAGCUCGCCUGGCGGAGAGCAUGGCGGAAGCUGGUCGAGAUCGCGGGGACCAUGCUCGUGGCGCACAGGGGGGGGGGGGCGCCGGGCCUGACCGCGGACCAGGCGAUGGAUUUGCGGCUCCGACGCGCCAUGGGGAUGUUGAAGCUCGGGAGGGCGGCGGAGGCGGCGGAGGCGGCCGUGGAAGCAGGCCAGGAGGCUGGUCAGCCGCCGCUGGCCGCCGUGACCGUCGCCGCCCGUGUCGCCGCCGCGGGAGCAAAGUCUGUCUGCGAGGGGGAGGCGGAGGAGGAGGCGCUGGACGAGCUGACCGUGCUCAAGUUUGAGCUAGAAGGUGUCAUCGCCGCUGGUGAUGGUCCGAGUGCUUUAGCCCCAUCGCCUUCUGAAGACGGGAUGGAAGCAACAACAGCAGCAGCAGCAGCAGCAGCAGCAGCAGCAGCAGCAACAACAACAACGGUAACGGUGGCGGAGGCGACCACGUGGCGGCGACGCGUGAUGCUCAACCUCGUCAACAUGUUCGUGGCGCGCGGAAACUGGCGAAUGGCUCUGGGGCUCCUGGAAGACCUGGGGGAAGACCAGUGCGGCGAACGCAGCACCCCCGCCUGCUCUUCUUCCUCGCACGAAGACGUAACAGGAGCAGCAAGAGAGGAGGGCGCAAGGGCGCCGGUUGACGAUCUUAGGGUGGAGCUUCUCUCUCGCAUCGGCAGGGUGUUCUUACAGUUUGGCUCGCUGGAGGACGCGGAGGUUUAUUUCCGUCGCGCGGAGGCCGCGGCAGCGGCGGUGGGGAGCAAUCCCAGAAUACUUGUGAAUCGCGGCUUGCUGAACUUCUCGAGGAACGAGUUCGUGGCGGCGCAAGAAAAUUUCCGAAACGCGGCCACAGAAGCUGCGAUGUUAGCGGCCAAGGAGGAGCCGCCAGACGACAGUGACGAUAACUGGCUCUGGGCGACCCUAGAUCAGGGCGCGGGGCUCCUCGACACUGCCCUUAACAACCUCAGCCUGGCGAUGGUGUACUCGUGCGACGUCCUGCGCGGGGUGAGGACCCUAGAGGGGCUGAUAAGGAAGGACCCCCGGUUGUACAUGCUGGACGUGGUGAUCUUCAACCUCUGCACGCUGUACGACCUGUCCUUCGACGCCGUUGCCAGCGCCAAGAAGAAGCGGACGCUGCAGGCGGUCGCCCAGCGGUUUCGGCUCGAAGACAUCGACCCCUCCUCCUUCCGCAUGAGCUGAAACGGAGAACCGGUCUCUCUUUUUGUGUGUGUGUGUUUUUUUUUUGCGCUCUCUGCGCGCUAGGAUAUCACAUGUAUGAAGCUGAAAAAUAUGACGUAAUUUCGUUGGGGUCCGUGAUCGUGUUGUACCAUGCGCGAAGUCUGUCGCCUGUUGCUCGCGUUUUGUCGCUAUGGCCAUUGAAAAAACUGCACCUUUCUUGACUUCGAUGCUUUGCCAAGCAAGCAAUCACGCGGGUACGGUAGGUAGGUGCGGCCAAAGCAUCCCUUCGGAUACUUGACAACGAGUUGCGCAGAACUCAUUCUGGUAUGCUGCAGGUAUUUGGUCGUGAGUGCUCCCUCACCAGGUCAGGGAACAGUGCCCGCCG